GGCAGGCCCCGUACCCCGGUCUCACCGCGCCUGCGCAGCGGACGGAGCGGUGGCGUCGCCAUGGCGGGGCAGGCGGCAGAGCUGGUUCCUGUAGUGACUUACUGCUUACCUUGACUGUUGUGCCAAACUUAACACAGAUCUAAACCAACUAACAGAGUAAUAUGGGAACCACCUGUUCUGUGUGAAAGACAAGAAAGAAAACAUUUGAUAAAGGGAAGAAACAAAGCAUCAAAUAAAUGGAAGCCAUGAAGAUAUCAAAGCGCUUCUUUGCUUUUGGGAUUUUGGCAUGCAUAGCUCUUUAUGUUGCAUACAUAAAAUGUUGUUUGGAUUCCAAACCAGUCAUGGGAGCAACAGAAGGAGCUGCUGAAAGCAGGGGAGACAAACCGAGCUAUCAGGCACUUACCGCAGAUCUCUCGGUCUUUUAUGGAAUUAUGUUUGAUGCAGGAAGCACAGGAACUCGCAUCCAUAUUUUUAAAUUUACACAGCAGCCAAAAGAGACUCCCAAAUUAACCCAUGAGACGUUUAAAGCACUGAAGCCUGGUCUAUCCGCAUACGCUGAUGAUGUUGAAAAGAGUGGCCAGGGAAUAAAAGAGCUCCUGGAGGUGGCAAAGAAGGACGUUCCAAUGGAGCUGUGGAAGUUUACUCCUCUGGUCCUGAAAGCCACAGCUGGCCUACGGUUGCUGCCAGGAGAGAAGGCUCAGAAGUUGCUGGAUAAGGUGAAGGAGAUUUUUCAGGCUUCCCCCUUCUUCGUGAGGGACAACUGCGUGUCGAUAAUGAAAGGAACUGAUGAAGGUAUUUCAGCCUGGAUCACAAUAAAUUUUUUAACAGGUAGCCUAGAUGAUCCUCAGAAGAGAAGUGUAGGGAUGCUGGAUUUGGGUGGUGGAUCAACACAGAUCACCUUCCUUCCACGCACUGAGGCAACUCUCCAGACAUCACCAGCUGGCCAUACAACUUCAUUUCAGAUGUUUAACAACACCUACAAGCUGUAUUCCUACAGUUACCUGGGACUUGGGCUGAUGUCAGCAAGGCUCGCCAUUUUAGGAGGAGUUGAGGGAGAAACCUUAGGAGAAGGGGAGGAAUUGAUCAGCCCUUGUUUACCCCCUGGCUUCGAAUCAGAGUGGCAACAUGCUGAGAUAAUGUACAAAAUUAAAGGACAGAAGGCAGGUGAGCCUCUGUAUGAGUCUUGUUCCAAUGAAGUUGCAAAGGUGCUCUACAAAAAAGUGCAUAAAGCUGAGGAGGUGAAGGACUUGGAUUUUUAUACUUUCUCCUACUACUAUGACCGUGCAGCAGAUGUUGGUCUCAUAGAUAAAGAAAAAGGAGGAAGCGUAACUGUUGGUGACUUUGAAAUUGCAGCUAAAUAUGUAUGUAAGACCAUGGAAAUCAGCCCCAGGAGCAGCCCUUUUCUCUGCAUGGACCUGACAUACAUCACCUUCCUCCUGCAAGAACUCGGCUUCCCGAAGAGCCAAGUCUUUAAGCUUGCCCGGAAAAUUGACAAUGUUGAAACGAGCUGGGCACUGGGAGCCACUUUUCAUUACAUCGACUCACUCAAUAGGCUGCAGUACUAAAGCUCCUCGAAGGCAACUUUUGGGAUUCUCAAUUUUUGGAAGCCCAACAUGGGAGAAUCUAUUGAAGGGCCUGCUUUUGGAUUCUGGGAGGUCAUCAUAAACUAGGCCUCUUUCCUUCCACUCCCUGGCAAGUCCUCUCCAUCACUAGCUCUUUUUUACAGUGCAGAAUGUAGUAUCUAAAGAAUAAGCCUUGAUUUGACAGCAUCUGCAGUCAGCUUGAUGUAAAACUUGAUCAUUGUUGAAGGAAGACCAAGACUCUGCAGGACAUCUAUGAUCUCUGUGAGAAAAAAAGUGCUGUUUUGGAUUAUGCCUGUACUAUGUGGUUGUACUGUGCCGAAGUUGCUGUAGGAAAGGGUCACUCCAUAAGGAACUCUUUGCCAUCCUGAUUACAGGGUGCUUUUUCCUGCUUGUAAGCAGUUUCCAGUGAUUAUUUUUAGUUUACUUCUUCUGUGUUUAAAGGUGAGGUUGUGUGCAAUGUAAGUCUCAGCUCUGCAUUUUACUUGCUGAAUUAGAAAAGCUCCAGAGCAAUCUAGAAACUUGAUAUGAACUUAGAGGCAUGAAUUAGAGCCCAUGUGCCCUGUAGCGUUAAAGGCUACAGCCUAAUGAUGGUUCCCUGGCUGUUGGAGCUGUGUGGUAGAAGAGGAUACCAAAUUUACAAGGCCUGGGAGUUGGGUAUGGGGCUGAAGAUGGAUUUGACAGUUCUAGAAUCACUCGUGGCAAGACUGAUGGACAAGACACAGCCACAAAAAUAAACCCUGAGUGUGGCUUAUUGGACCUCACAGACAUUUGUGCCUUGGCAAAGUUGAUGCAAGACCUGGGAUGAAUGCAUUUAUGUGGUGUUUUGAGUGCCGCUUCCUGCAGAUACCUUCAUUUAUCAAAGCGAAGUGUAUUGUGGUUGCACUGAGCUGUGGCAGGGUGGCUGUGAUGCACCACUCCACCAGUAGGGCUGGAAGUGAUCUUGGAGGUAGCGGGAGCUGGGGAGGACUUGCGGUAUUCGUAAUCUAACUGUGGAACUGUGUUGUAUGUGCAUGGAUGUUUAGAGCAGAUUCGAGUGGGCUUUUGGGGCUACAAAAGAUCCCAGGCCCCUGGAGAGCCAGCACCGCCUGUCCCAACUCAUGGGCUUAUGGCCACAGCCUUGUCCUUUUCCUGGGGCAGUGAGAUGUGGUAUGGGGUGUGCUGUGCUGCAGGGCUGCUGGAUCUGCAGCUGAGUGUACAGAGGACACUUGAACCCCACCGUACUGACAAUAAAAUCCCAGUUUAAAAUGAAAA